GUUGUACUUCUCCUUUUUGAAUGUCACCACUUCCCCAUCCUGCUCGGGCAAGAUUGCUCAGGGAAGCCCUCGCUUCCUGCACAGCUUCUGGGGCUCCAGGGACCGCGCACAGGAGCAUGGCUGCGUGCCCUCAGGAUCAGAUAACUUACACGCAAGAGUUUUAAAAGAAUUGGCAAAGGAGCAUCUGAGACAUCGAUAGUGAUAGUUAACAAUUCUUGGAAUAUUGGCCCCAAAUCACAGUUUUCAGCCAAUGCAUGUGAAGCUCUGAUAAAAGAUUCAAGAGAUUCCCCAGUUGUGGAAUUCUGUGGUGAAAACGUGCCCUUUUAUAAACCACAUUUCUCUGAGGCGCAAGGUGUGCAUCAAACAUAACCAGAACCCUUUCCCAGUCAUCUUCGUGACUGUCUUUGGUAAAGGUAAAUGCUCUGCCAGCUCCCCCGUAACAUACUUUACUGAGCGUACCUGGAUGUCUCCAGUGUUCUUGUGGAGUUUGGUUUCAAUGUGAAAUCUUGCAAAAUGCUGCUUCCAGUCUGUCCAUUGUGAAGGUCUGUCGAAGCUGAAGUUCCCUGAAGUUGAAGUUCUCUGGCAUGUUGCAAGCCCUGGCCUGUGGUGACAUUGCUCAGCAUGCGGUGGUAGCCGAAGGGAUCCCUCAUCCAGAUCCCUGGGCUGGGCCAGCUGUGUGGGGCAGCCUUUCCCUGCAAUCCCUAUGAAGCUGAGGGCACCUGCAGUCCUGUCACACCGGCUCCCUCAGGGCAAAGCCACCACUGCUCCCUCCAUCUCUCUUGCUGGUGCCUGUGUCUGAUGCUGGGCCAUGUCGCUAGCUGCCCACCCCACUGAUCUGGGGUUUGAAUUUGCCAGCAGCAGCUUGGAGGAGAUACACCAGCUCGAUGACCCACUAGCCUUUCCUGCCCCACUGGAGGAGCAGCUUCCCUGCACAGACCUGCUGUGUGUGUAUUCGGGGCUGGAAUUGGAUGAGGUACCCAGUGGCAUCAUGGCAGAUGGGCUGCUGGACAAGCCCGAGCUGCAGGUUGUCGGGGACAGUGUCACAGUGCCAGGUGACGCUGAGCAGCCGUUACCCCCCAUUGCAGCUGGCGAGGGCCUGCUCUGGGUGGAGUCACCCAACAACAUCUUGGAUGAGAAGCGCCUGCUUGGCAGCACUAGGGUUUCCCUGGACAGAGAAGCCUGCCCCCUGGGCCCGGGGGAAGCCAAUGGCCUGCGCAGGUCUGGGGACGAGGAGAAUCCCAUGGCUGGGUCCACCAAGGAGCAGACAGGGAAGCAGCCCAGGAGGAAAGGUCGCAAGCCGAAGCCCCCCCGCUGCCUUUCCCCCAUCACCGCCCCAGGCUUUCCAAUCUGCAGGAAGAGCAAGGACGGCAAAGGUAAUGCCCUCUACCUGUGGGAGUUCCUGCUGGCGCUGCUCCAGGACAGGAACACCUGCCCAAAGUACAUCAAAUGGACCCAGCGAGACAGGGGCAUCUUCAAGCUGGUGGACUCCAAGGCAGUGUCCAGGCUGUGGGGAAAGCAAAAGAACAAACCCAGCAUGAACUACGAAACCAUGGGCCGGGCACUGCGGUACUAUUACCAGCGUGGCAUUCUGGCCAAGGUGGAGGGGCAGCGGCUGGUAUAUCAGUUCAAGGACAUGCCCAAGGACCUGGUGGUGAUUGAGGAUGAGGGGGAAGCAGUGAGCCCCGUGAACCCCAGAGCCAGCCACUCGGCCGCAAGACCCUCUUUCCAGAGUGCCCCCCUCCAGAGGGCCGUGUCCCCCACUCACAGCAAGAGGGAGACUGCACCAGUGACCCAGCCUCGGGAGUGCGCAGCUGCACCAUGUCCUGCCCCCAAGGUGCAGCAAGGGGCCAGCAAGCCACCCGCCCACGCCAUGGGCUCCCCGCUCCUGCCCGGGUGCUUGGGGCUGGGACCCCUGACUCUCCAGCCCAUCCCACUCACCACAGUGCUGGCCCUGGGAAAUGCUGCCAGUUCUCCUUUUCCAAGCAGCACCCCUGCUCCGGACAGGCUCCUGCUCCAGCCUGGGUUCCCCAUGAAUGGGUUUGCCAAGCCAUUGCCAGGCCCGGGCAGCAGUAUCCCAGCAGCAGGCCCCCUCCUGCCUGCUGCCCCACAGCACUCCUUGUCUAGCCUGCUCCAGCCAAUGGCUCUCACUAGCCAGCCAGGUACUGUUGUUGCCACCAUCAUUGGGACAAUGGAGGCCAGCAGCAGCUGCCUGGCUAUGCUGGAUCGCCCGCUCCCCAGCCUGCUUUCCAGUGAUCCUGCCACGCUGACGUCCCAGCAGGAGAGCCUGUCUGGCUGUGCAAAGGUCCAAGAGCUCCAGCCACCAGGUCUAAGCAGCUCCCAAGAUAGCAAAGCAACAGCAGCCCUGCCAGCAGGAGGCACUGACAGCUGCACCCAACUCAGCCACCCAAAGGUGGGCUUGACACCCGUGGUGGAACUGGAAUUAGCCAUCAGCUCAGAGGCAGCAUUCCCUGGUGAGCAAAUGGCUCAGCUCCUGGCAAAGCCCAGCUCUGCCCCAGCCCCUGCAGCUCUGCUGUCUCUAGGCAGUGGUGACAUCAAGGAGGAAUGCUGGGACAUGGUGUGAAGUGCAUGGAUGCACCCUGGGCUCCAACAGAGGCAAAGGAUGCUGGGAAAGCUCAGUUCCCUGGACUGACAGGAUCCAACUUGGGGCUGGGGGCUGCUGGGGCCAGGGCGGGCCUCACAGGCUGCAUCGCAUUUGCUUCUUGCCCUCACUCAUUAAAGAGACAUUUUGCACCA